AUGAGACAAGGAGGUCCAAUAAACUAUGGAGGAACUGCAGUUGUACCAAAUAUUUCUACUUAUAGGUCCAGUAAUGAGUUCUUUGUGGAUCACCGUAGAGGUGAAGUUAAAGAACUAUUUGAUAAACUUAAACAGGUAAUAAAUACUCGAGAUAGAGAAAAGAGAAUAGAGGUUUUUCAAAAAGUAAUAGCUUAUAUAACUUUGGGUAUAGAUGUUUCAAGCUUGUAUAGUCAAAUGGUACUAGCUAGUGCAACUCAGGAUCCAGUAGAAAAGAAGAUUGUUUAUUUAUAUUUGACACACUAUGCUGAGAGUAAUUCUGAACUUGCACUACUUACAAUAAAUACAUUACGCAAAGACUGCCAAGAUGAGGAUCCUGUAAUUCGUUGUUUGGCUUUGAGAAGUUUUUGUUCUUUGAGGAUUCCUAUUUCUUUGGAAUAUAUUGAACAGAUUUUAAUAAAUGGGUUAAAUGAUCAUGUUGGUUAUGUUAGGAAAACUGCUAUAAUGGGUUGUUUAAAAUAUUAUCAUUAUGCUAAGGAUGAGUUUAAACGAACUCAAAUACAAAAAAUUUUGAAUGAUAUGAUUUAUAAUGAGAUUGAUCCUCAAGCAUCAAUUAAUUUAGUAUAUGUACUAAAUGAAAUAAAUUUAGAAAGUGGUGGAUUAUUUUAUACGAAGCAUCUACUUUUCCAACUAUUAAAUAGAAUAAAAUCUUUUAAUGAAUGGGGACAAUUCUCAAUAUUUCAACUAACACUAUCAUAUAUACCUACUUUAAUAAAUAAAAAUAGAAAUAAUAAUAAUUUAAUAGAAAAUUCAGAAGAAAAUCAAGAGUGUAUUUCUUCAGAAAUAUAUGAUAUACUAAACCUUCUAGAUGAUAGAAGUCGUUAUUCUAGUGCUACUGUCCUAUUAACUUGUACACAGCUAUUCUUGUACAUGACAAAACCUAAUAGAAAAUUAUAUUAUCAAGUAAUACAGCGUCUAAAAGGUCCAUUAAUAACUAUAGCCUCAACUUCUAUUCCUGAGAUAUCAUAUAUUGUAUAUAUUCACUUGAGGUUUCUAUUUUCACAGAUUUGUAACUUUCAAGCAAAAUAUACAACUUGUAUACAAAGUAAAUAUAAGAAAGAUUUUAUCAAUGAUGAUAAAAGUGAAAUAGAUAUGAUGAAAUGCUUUGAAAAUGAGUUCAGACAAUUUUUUGUACGUUGUGGUGACCCUAGUUACAUAAAAUCUAUAAAAUUAGAUCUAAUUGUAUUUGUAUCAUCACAAGAAUAUGUAUUGGAGAUAAUUGAAGAGCUUUAUCACUGUGUAUAUGAAUUAAAAGAUACAGAUAUAGCUCCUAAAGUUAUUUAUUCAUUAUCAUUAGUUUUUUUAAAGUAUAUGAACUGCAAAUAUGGAUUAAUUACAAAUGAUGAUGACUCAGUAUCUGUAUCCACUGAUCUUGUGGCUAUAACUUGCAUAAAUUAUUUAUGUGACUUAUUACUUUCUGAUUAUGAAGAUAUAGUGAGUUCAUCAAUAGAAUCAAUGGAAAUGUUAUUGCAAAUAUAUCCAUCAUUAUUUAUUGAGACAAUAAGACUUUCUAUAGACUUUGAUUUAGUCUACAGAUUAUCCCUUGAAUCAGUAGGGAUUACAUCAUUAUGUUGGAUUAUUGGACAAUUUAUUCAUGAAUUAAAUGAGGAUGCAAUCCUUAUUUUUGAAUAUAUUGCUGAUAAUAUCUUGAAUAAUUCUAAUCUAGAUAACUAUUCAAAUACUAUACUACCAAAAUUACUGAAUACAAUGUUGAUCAGUUGCUGUCGUAUAUUUUUUUUUAAUCCUGCAUACUGCCAAGAUAUUUUGGGUGAGCUAUUUAGUUAUAUGAUAGAAAAGUGCAAUAACCCUGAUAUUAAAGAUCAAGCAUUAUUUUAUUACAGGUUAUUGCAAUAUGACUACGAACUAGCAAAGGAAAUACUCAGUUUUAAUGGCAAAACUAGUGAAUAUUUUAAUAUAGAUAAAGCAAAACAAACAAAUAUUACUGCACAAGAUAUAUUAACUGAUUUUGUGGAUAAAUGGAAUUAUUUUGACUUAAUAGAAAAAUUCAAUACUUUUCAAGUAAUUUUGAGUGAUAAUCUAGAUGUAGGGAAGACGAUACACUUAAAAGGAAAUUAUAUUGCUAAUGACACUGUCAUAGAUUCAGUUGAUACUCAAACAGAGAAUAGAACUAACAAUGAAAUACAAUCUUUGGCUGAAAAUAACUUAAAUAUGGCUCAAAUACCUAACUAUUGUUUAAAAGCGUCGAUUAGUAUGCAACCUAAUAUAUUUGAAGAGAAAUGGGACAAAUUAAGUACAACUAUGGCAAUGAAGAGACAUCUUAAAUUGCCUUCAAAUACUGAGAUGUGUACAUUUCUAGAUAAUAUAGAAAACGAUUUGGUAAAUCAAAAUAUCUAUUGUAUGGCAUCAGGUCAAUUUGAUGAUAAAAUAUAUAAAAUGUAUAUCUUCUGCACUAUCCAAAAUUUCACUAACAAAACUGAGAUUCCUUGUUUUGCAGAACUUAUAUUUCAAUCAACUACUUUACAUAGCUACUAUAUGCUUGAAUGUUGUAUCAAAGCUUCGCUAAAAGGUGAUAAAAAUGAUGGGAAAGAUGCUGCAAAUAUAAUAUGGAAUCAUCUAAAAAUCCCUUUUCAGCAAUAUUUAGUUAAAUUUGAAGGUUAA